CGCGAGGGCGCCCAACUGAGGAGAAGGCGGUUGGGGCGUCGCGCGGAACUAAGGAUUAGUCGCCGCCUCAGUCCCUGAAGGGCAACCCGCCGGCACCAUGAACCCCGUCUCCAACCCGCCCUCGCCCCACCCGGGCGCCUCGGAGACGGGGCGAUGGAACUGGAGAAAAAUCUUUGGAGGCAACCCGCAAGAGGGGGGCGGCGAGGAAGGUCAACGGCCCGCGGGGCGCCUCGAGCAGGAGUUGGCGAAGAUCCGGGACAACGGCAAAGAGUUUUUCACCUCAGUCCGCGGCCUCCUGAAAUGCGCGAGUCUGGUUUUGAUCUUGAUAGCAUUAGUCUUUUUUAUCACUUCAAGAGCCCACGAGUCGUUCAUAGCAGUCGUAGCUUUGGAGCUGAUCAUCGUUCUUUUUCUCAUUAUAGCAUAUGUGUUAGGACUUGACAAGCAGAUAACAUCUUUAUAUUGGCCUUUACUUGAUGCUAUCAAUUCUGUCGUUACUGCCCUGUUCCUUUUGAUUGUGUCCGUGUUGGCAAUGCUCAAACUUGAAACCAUACCAGCGGGGGUCUUUUGUCUUCUGGCAACACUUGUUUGCACUGCAGACGGUGUAAUUAUGAUCAGGAAUCUUAGCCUUAAUCCAAGUAGACCUCCUGAAAAAUAAGUGAUCAUUUUACCACAGUUUGGUUCAUCUGGGGUUCCUGAAGUUCAGGGCAUGGGCCCUAGCACAUUUCUAUUUUCUAAAUGUUCUUCUAAGAAGUUCAGCUUUUCAUCUAAACACCAGAUGUGUUUAUAUUUGUGAAAAGCUUUUCAAUUAAACUAUUCAAAUUUAAGUCUUAAAACUAAAAUGGAUUCCAAUGUUACUUUAGAAGAAUUUAAUAAAAAAACUGGUUUUGAUAGAAUUUAAUAAAAAACUGGUUUUGAUUUGUGCUGAACAGA